ACACCUUUCUUUCUCUAGAUAAAAUGUCUGCUGGUUCUCUAUCUGUUGGUUCUGUGGCUAAAGGACAGCAAUAUGAGUUCCUUCUUUAUGGAAGCAUAACAGAAGCUAACUUACCAACCCUCCUUCACCGUUUAAGAGGUCUCUGUGACUAUACCACUAGCAGCAGCUCUAGAGGAGGUGGAGGAGGGAGAGAGGGAGGGAGGGAAGGAGUAGGACUGACCACUUUCACUGAUAGAGAGAUCACAAUGAAGAUUGAUUCUCAGAAUACCUCAAGACUGCAUGUAAGACAAUCGCUCGAUCUUCCCAACGCUCCACUAAUACUCUCGUAUCAUGGACAAUUAGAAAUCAGUGACCCAAACAGGCCUACAGCUGUUAGGACGUGCGUCCAUGCUGGCUGCAGUCAUAACCUGGUGGAGUAUCUUAGAGAAAUAGGAUUUGUGCCUGUGUAUGAGUUCUUCAUGAAAGGGUUUCUAUUUAAAAAAGGUCCAAUGAAGAUCCUUGUCUUCCAGUUACUACAGAGUGAUCAAGGUGAUGUUGAAAGUGCUCAACUUGUCGCUCCUAAUUAUUUAAUUGAAAUGUCAGCUGUUGCUGCCUCCGGUCAAGAUGCUGUUGGUUUGGAAAUGAAAAACAUGGCGGAGCACCUUAAAUCUAUUGUUAUAAUGGACAAAACUGAUGGUAUCAGUGUCAGAUAGAAUGUUUAUCAUUAUUAUUAUUAUUG